CCAUGUGCGACCCAAACGAAAAGAACCACCUAGCUAUUGAGAAAAUGUCACGGUAACUUCUACAGGGCUACUGUAGUUUGGUGACUGUAGGUUGGUGGACGUACUUGGUAUCUUUUGUGUUCAUUUUUCGCUUCAAAGCUAGGCGAAACUGUUCCAGAAUUUGUCUAGAAAUGGACCAGGCGAGUUUGGACCAGUUGAAGGCCUUUGUGCAGCUAUGCAAGGCAAACCCAACCGUUCUGCAUUCUCCACAGCUUGCUUUCUACAGAGAGUAUCUGCAAAGCCUUGGUGCAAACCUUCCCACCCCUCCUCCGCCCACAGAAAAGCCCACUUCAACCGCCAGUGAUGAAAGCAAGCCGGCAGAUGCACCACCUGUGCCGGAACCGGAACCGGAACCGGAACCAGCCAUGGAAUCAGAACCGGAACCAGCCAUGGAAGCGGAACCGGAACCGGAACCGGAACCAGAACGGGAACCAAGCAGUGAGGAGAGUGAUUUGGAGCUAGACAUGGAAGGGGUGAUAGAAGGUGACACAGACGAGCCCCAGCACAUGGGGGAUGACUCACUGGAUGUGACAGACGAGAUGAUGGAGGAAGCAUCAGACAAGCGAUCCCUCGCCAUGGCGGCCGUCGGCGACGGCAACUUCGACGAAGCCAUUAAGCUGUUCACAGAAGCUAUCGAGAAGAACCCCCACUCAGCGCUGCUGUAUGCCAAGAGAGCAGGUGUCUACAUCAAACUCAAGAAGCCCAACGCGGCAAUCCGUGACAGCGACAAGGCCAUCAAGCUCAACCCGGACUCCGCCCAGGGGUACAAGUGGAAGGGUAUCGCGCAUCGGUUACUGGGCCAAUGGGAGCUUGCGGCUAAGAACCUACAGAGCGCUUGCAAGCUGGACUUUGAUGAGGUGGCUUAUUCUACGCUGAAGGAGGUGGAACCAAACGCCAAACUAAUUGCGGAACACAAACGGAAGUAUGAGCGAAAGCGAGAAGAGAAAGACCUCAAUGAGAGGCGGGAGCGAGUCAAGAAGGCCAAGGAAGCUCAGGAAAAAGCUAGAAAGGAAGAGGAAGAGCGUCGAAAGAACAGGGGUCCCACUGGAAUGCCAGGUGGUUUUCCGGGCGGUUUUCCCGGAGGGAUGCCGGGCGGUUUUCCAGGAGCGAUGCCGGGUGGUUUUCCAGGAGGGAUGCCGGGCGGUUUUCCCGGAGGAGCUGGUGGAAUGGGAGGAGGAAUGGGAGAGGGAAUGGGCGGUGGCGGUGCCGCUGGAAUGCCGGGCGGUAUCAACCUGAAUGACCUGCAGGGAUUCAUGCAGGACCCGGAGAUUAUGGCUGCUUUCCAGGAUCCUGAAGUCAUGGCGGCAUUCAGCGACGUCAGUCAACACCCAGAGAACAUCAAGAAUUAUCAGAGUAACCCCAAGAUAGCCAACCUCAUCGCCAAGAUGCAGUCUAGUUUCAGCGCGGGGAAGGACGGUCCUGAGCCCCCUCAACCUCCACCAGAGGGGGACGUAGACUAAGUAGUUAUCAAACACAAACUCUAUUUUGUGGUUGUGGUAAGAAUGUGAUUACGUUGGACUUGAAACGGAAUUUGCUUUGUGUAAUGUUCUGAUAGCAGUCUGCUACUCCUUUGAAGUGUGCCUACUCGUACCCGCCAUAUCCCAAGCAGUGUUUUGUAACACAUGGCGUGUUUAUGCACAAAUGUAAUACGAGUUCAGCUUUUUGGGGUCUGAAAACAUCUUGAAAUAAAGGCAUUUAAAUCUAAAAACAAGUUUUGCAUGGUUGGGAUGCUCAAUGUUGCUGUGCUCCUAUAAUUGUCCCUCUUCUUAAUUUUUUUUCAAAAUGUUUCAACAUUUGGCUGAAAAUGUUGACAAAGCUUCAAAAUCAACUGCUUCUUUAAAGAAACUUGAACCUUCAAAAAGGUCAUCUUUAAAACAAAAACCCUAAAAAAAAUCCAAAACCAGCAUUGUGUCUGGUAUAAAGAUUUUCAGUUUUUAUGCAGUGCAUUGUAUGAGAAAAUCCUGUAUUCUUUUAAAUUAUGCAAAGUGGUGUGUUUUGGGUUUUGUGUUUUGUAUUUGCCUACAAACUGGCACACUUCUAGGAGUUAAAUCGACUUCAGAGCUUGAUUUACUUGGAAUGAUAUUGAAAAUUGGAUUAAAGUUGAAGGUGAAUAUAUAAAAAUUAGGGGGUUAAACAUUACGCGCUUAAGAUUAUAGUGUAUUGAAUGCUUAUUUAAUUUUUUUUUUUUUAAUUUUGUCACACAGUUGAUGGAAAGUGUUAAAGGCUGUAAUUUUUUUGUAUGUCAUGCAGAAUUGCUUACAAAAUGAAAAGUCGAGAGAAAGUAUGUGCAUGAUGCGUAAAAAUAUCAAAUAAAAAAAAAUUGUUCAAAUUUAUUCCACUAAUGUUAUUGGAGGUGUUCCAGUAAUAUCAUAUUUUUUUUUUCUUCAAAAAUCACUCAUCAACAUUCUUUAAACUGUUUCUUAAAUAAUCUCUGAAUAAACUAACAGCAAUUUUAAUCGUAUCCUACCGCUGAUUCAAAUAUAAUCAUGAUUGUUUCAUAUACAAAUAAUAUUUCGUUUAGUACUUUUUUUGGUUUUUGUUUUUGUUUUAUCUGUGAGAAUUAAUUGCUUCAGCCUUUCAUUUUAAUGCUAGGUUGUCAGCAUUUCAUUCAAUAAUUGUUGUUGCGGGUUAUCCAACUGAAGUAUUUUGUUGUAAAUAUUAAACAAAAUAAUUGGUUGUUAUUGUCUUCAACAUGUUAAUAAUUGUCGCAUGAUAAUCAAGAAAGAAGAAAAAAUAAAUCACCAUUUUUUAAUCUCUUGUUCUCUAGUAGCGAUUAGAUAAUGAUACACUGAACAUAAUGGUAGUUUAGCAUUUUUUUAGGGGGGGGGGGUGUCACAAAUGAAAGUUUUCUUAAUCCUAACCCUACUAAUUCCAUAAAAAAAACAACCCAUAUUGGGGAAUUUUGAUGGACAUGGUCUUACAGACUGCAGCUAGUUUGACAAAAUGUUGAUGGAGUAUGAUGGACUUGGGCCGGGAGGGCUGAAGCAGUGCUGGUGGAAUCUGACGGAUUUGGUCCAGUGUGGACGUAUUGUAAGCAAUGUGUACCAAGUCCAUCAAAAUCCAUCACCACCAGUGGUGGAUUUCAAUGGAUUUGGUCCUGAAGCACUAUGUGAAUCAGAGUGAGUGAUGGAUUUUGAUGGACUUGGUCUUCUACUUAAAUACCGGUAGUAAAACAAAGGGAGUUAGUAUAAGGGAGGUUUUUGUUACUUCCAUUUUUUCCAUUUGUUCCUGCAUUUUGCAGAAGAUUCCAUUUCGUUUAGUUGUCCAAAUGAUAAUUGUUUUCUGCAAUGUUAAUUUUACAUCUUAUCUACAUCUCCUACAGUUUUUUUGAGAAGCCUAUUGCUUGAUCAUUUUGUAUCAAAAUUGAAUAUCAGUUAGGUGGAGAUUGUACAAAUAUAAAGAGGCGAAUAUUGACAGCAAUGUUUUACAAUUAAACAGACCAGUCACCACAGAAAUUA